AUGGCUUCUUUCCCCACAUUCUGCUGCGGAUUAUUAGAACCAUGUCUCCCACAGCAACUAGUCCUACCAACGGCACCUUCUAACAGCGUGUUCCGCCAGUCUCUUGACGGUCUUGCAGAUAACCCUUUGCGACGGACCUGGCGUGGAAAUAAACAGGGGACGAUUGAGCUCGGGACUGUCCCCACGUUUGAUAAUCCCUAUGAGGAACGCGAAUGGAUCAAGGAACAUAUGGCUGCUGCCUUCCGUUACUGGGGUAAGAUGGGUUUCGCUGAGGGAGCUGCUGGUCACAUAACUGUCCGUGAUCCUGUCCUUCCUGACCAUUACUGGAUGAACCCCUUUGCGGAGCACUUCUCGACCAUGACCAAAUCAAUGUUAUGUCUUGUCGGUCCUGAUGGUUAUGUUACCAAGCACGGCGCGCAGCUGCCCAUCAACACGGCCGGAUUCUACAUUCAUAGCGCUAUCCACAAGACUCGUCCCGACGUGAAAGCAGCCGCUCACUGCCACUCCAUCAGCGCGAAAGCCUGGUCUGCAUUCGGCCGCCCUAUCGAAAUACUGACUCAAGACUCGUGCUUGUUUUACGAUAACCACUGUGUGUAUGAGAACUUUGGCGGCGUCGUUCUCGCCCAGGAGGAGGGCGAAAAUAUUGCCAAAGCUUUGGGUCCCAAGUUUAAGACUUGUAUCUUGCAAAAUCAUGGACUGUUGACUCUUGGAAAUACAGUCGACGAAGCCGUCUACUUGUUUGCCGCCCUCGACCGGACAAUGCAAAGUCCAAGCUCAUGGCUGAGGCCGCCUGCAGCCAACUGGUCUCAAAAAGACCAUCAUCUCGAAGGAGGAUGCCGAAUUCACUGCCAAGACUACUCAGUGGUGGGAGAACACGUAUGUCAACUUCCAACCUGAGUAUAAGCUUCUUUUGCAGGAGACAAAUGGAGCGUUCUUACUCUGAGAAUAUUAAUGACGCUUCAUCAAUGUACUUGUAUGCUGUACUGUCACACCGUGAAAGUUCAGGUAGCAUCGAUGGAUUUAUAAUGAUACUCA